UACAUAGUUACGCAACUGUUUGUCUGGCAGUCUGUUCUCGAGAACCACGCACAGUUAACGUUAAUCUUGAUUUCACACAUACCGAUCUAUCAUGGUUUUGAAACUGUACGCAGUGGCUGAUGGACCGCCGUCGUUGUCUGUAAGACAGGCCCUGGCGAAACUCGGAGUGCCCUUCGAGCUGGUCAAUGUGGACUUCAAUGCUGGGGACCACAUGACACCGCAGUACGCGUUGAUGAAUCCUCAGAAGGAAAUUCCGGUGCUGGAUGACGACGGCUUCUUCCUCAGCGAGAGCAAUGCGAUCCUGCAGUACAUUUGCGACAAAUUUAAGCCAGGAUCUCCUCUUUACCCAACAGAUCCCAAAGCUAGGGCAAUCGUCAAUCACAGGCUGUGCUUCAACUUGUCAACAUACUACGCCAAUAUUAGCGCAUAUACGAUGGCGCCCAUAUUUUUCGACUACGAGCGCACUCCAUUUGGGUUGAAGAGAGUCAAUAUGGCUCUUGAUGUAUUCGAAACUUACAUGGAAAGGCUCGGGACCACCCACGCGGCUGGAGACCACCUCACCAUUGCAGACUUCCAACUGAUCAACUCCACCAUGACGUUAGAAGCAGUUGACAUCGAUUUCUCAAAAUACAAGAGAAUCACCAAGUGGUACAACGACUUUAAAAGUAACUAUCCUGAUUUAUGGAAGAUAUCUGCAGAUGCCAUGAAUGUCAUCCAGUACUUUGCUGCCAACCCACCAGAUCUCAGCCAUUUGAAUCAUCCCAUACAUCCAGCGAGGAAAAUAAAUAAAUAA